AUGCAGCUGACAGAGCAACUGCUUGGACAUAAGCUUGGCAUCGGCGGAGACACCUUACAACAAAGAGAUGGGCAUGAUGGUGAUGGUAAGCAGUUGAAACUACAAAUAGUUGGACUGCCUCUCAUCAGAUUCUCCUGGAAAUGAGGCAUCAACAGCAUCAUGGGUAACAUCAUCAGUGAGCUGGGAAUGAAUUUCACAGCAGGGUUGCUUUGCCUGCAGCUAUCAUGCUCUUGAAUCUUGUUUCUAGUGUUUGGAAGUGAUAUUGAUUACUUACAUUAUUUAUCAAAAUCGUUGUUGACGGGCCCUUUUUAUCUUGAAUUUUAAAACAUGCAGUGGUUAAGUCAACUAUCUGGAUAAACGUUUUCUUAGCACACACAUUGAGAUCAACAUGCAUACCUUGAAUUUGAUAAACUGGAUGCUGGCUAACGGCGAAAAUGAGUCCAGAUUCCUUUGUUGCUUUUUUGACAUGUUCAACACAAAGCCGACACAACGGUUGAAGCUGACAGAGUUUUUGCGCAUGUGUGCUAGUACCAAAUCCAAGUCAGAUGUCUUUUUCUUAGCUGUUGCACGUGAGUGCUGCAGAUGAAACUUGCAUUUAGUUUGAACUGAUGGAUUUUUUUUGUGUGUAUCAAAGGUGUGCUGUAAUGAUAUUACUUAGUUGACUUUUUCAAAUGCUCCUUUUUAAUGAAGUAUUUUUUUGUGUUGCUGUUUUUUGGUUCAAUUUAACGACUUAAGUAGCCGGGGGAAAUCCCCGGCCUAAGUGACAACCCUGAAAUUAUCUGACAAUUUUAAUGUGCUGUACAUCUCCCCCUAUCAUUUCUAAAUGUUGGGCUACAUUCUCUGAAGGGCAGACAUUUUAAAUCAAGUCCCACACUGAUGUUAGUAGAAAAAAGAAAAAUCUAAUUGUUAUGCACUUCAACACAUUCAUUUAGGUGAUUCACAAAACCUAAUCCUCAGUUGCUUGCCAUACAAUUUUUAAUAUAUUUGUCUGUUUGUCACAAAGAAAGAACUAAAAUUUGGUCUUUUUGCCAUUAAAAGUGUUCAUAUUUCCGUAUUUAGGGCCAUCAUUUUUACUUAGUGUUUGUGAUUUUUAGCCACAUUUAUUUUUUAUCCUCUUCCUCCUCGACAGAAAUAUCACAAAAAUGAUUUGUUGAUGUAAUUGCCUUUUUUUAUUUUUCUUCAAGAUGCCAGUACAAUUCUCACUAUCAAUGAAGCAACAGAUAGCGAAUAUGUUAGCCAAUCGUAUUGCAGAAUUUGUGAUGAUACCAUUUUUCACUGCUUUGCUUUUGCCAAUGACUUAGCAUUUAUCUAUCUUUGGAAGCAUCAUAAUACUACUUAAUUAUACAAUGUAUUUGUAAAUGUCAAUAUUCAUGUAAAAAUCUCUUUCUUACUUUACAGGAAGCAAUCACAAGAAUGGUAGACAAAUGGAGGUUUGUAUUUAUGAGUGUGCAGUAGUGCUGGACACUGGAUGGAUGACAUAACAUGCACCUAGUACAAGGCAACUGGAUAAUGUAGAGGACAGACUAGAGGGCAAACAAGACAACUGACUAGGCAAUGGACUGGGCAAAUUAGAGCUGGCUGGAUGGCAUCACCUAGUACAAGAACCUUGUUUAGAACAGAAUGGAGAGGAUGGAUUAGAGGGCAAGUGAUAUGAGACAUCAUGUGUACCUGGUGCAAGAGUUGGGCUGUGGAUUGUGGAGAGCCUUGUCAUAUCUGGUUUGUAUUGCAUGAUGUUUUAAUUGACUAGAAAUGGUAUAAUUAUUAUUUUAAAACAUCAUAGUUUAAUAUUAUCUCACUCUUUAAAUAAUAGCAAUAAUAAUAACAUCUAAAUCCUGAUGUCAAAAACUAAGUUAAAAUUUUUGGCCCUGCCCGGGAGGCCUGAAUGUGGGGUACAGCUGGCCUGGAGUUCUCCUCCUAGGAGCAAGUGGACGUACGGGGAGGUUUUUCACCCAGCUGUUGUCCCACAACCCCCAUUCACACAGCAUUUCCUUAAACAUGAGAAUAUAACUGAAAUAUUGUAUAUCACAUAAAAUUCACAUUAAUUCAACUACCCAGUUGCUGUAUGACUGAAAGAACUUCCUUAUGAUAGCUGUGGGUUUUUGGGAAACAAAUAUGCAACCUUCAGAAAUUACUUUUAAGUAUUGUAAGGGGUUCAAGAAAAUAGUCUGAAAUUUACAGAAUGAAAUAUUUGCCUUUUAACAGGGAAAAUUAAUUUUCACCGGUCUCUUAAUAAGGAUAGGUGGAAUGUUCAAAAUUCUUUUACAUUUAUAUGCAUCUAGACACUUUUUCAGUCAUGUGACAAACUGAAAUUAAUUCAUUGAUUACCUUAAAGUUAAACUCCACUUUUUUAUUAGUAAUAAUUCCAGCGUGUUUGCCACCAUUGCACAAACAGAGGCCAUUGGGAAGUGUCAUUAAUCAGCAUUACAUUUAUUUGUAGCGUUUGUUUUAUUAGAUAAAUCAAUUAUUUGGUCAAGGAAUGUUAAGUUUCGGUCUUCAAUUUGCAUAUUUUAUUCCCCGCAAUUGUUUAUUCAACCAGUUAGUUUAGUUUAACAUUUCCACUAUGAGAUUCCAUUGAGCAGUGGUUUUGUUUUCCAAAGAAACCAGCUGACAUUUGGAGAUGCCACGGUUUUUCCACUGGAGAACAGAAAGAACUUUUGGAAUAGUUUCAAACAUCCUAGGAGCGUAUUUAAGAGAGCAGACUAUUGGUUACUAUCACAUUCUCUUUAAUUAUGCUCAGAUGAUUAUUUACUAAUAUGCACGUCCACAUUUCUUGGUGUUACAAAAGUUCCUUCGUAAAUAUCAGUUGUCAGUUUGUUUGUUUGUUUUGUUUUGUUUUUUUUUUUCACUCUAGGUUCUUGCUCCUUAGCGAACUAGCACGUUGCUAGUUGCAGCUAGUAAUGUGCCGUUAUAAAAAAACUCGUAAAAAAUUAGGGUUAUUACUAACUCUUUCUCUUUUUCGGAAUUUUAUUGUAACACCAAGUAAAAUAGGGCUGUUAUGUUCUUAAAGUGCUAAUGGGCUUGCAUUUUUUACUUAAAAUUUUAACUUCUUAUUUAAUUUCAGAUCCUAGGUGGCACACUCACAAGAUUAGGAGCCCAUCACCUGGGAAAGGUCAUGUUUAAUCUAGCCAAUCUCGCCCCUGCUGGGCUGUGGAAGCUCUGCCUCUGAGAAGGUGUGUUUCUGAUGUCUUCUGAGAUAUUUCAACGGAGAAACCCUGGGAAUGUAUCUGAUUCUGUAAUUCUUGCUGGGGGCAGUUGGGCACUUCUAAGAUUUGGCCGUUUGUUCCCAAGUGGGGAGGACAGUGUGGAGGAAGGUGAGAGUUUGCUUCUUAUGUUCUUGGGGCUUCAUUCAUUUUGUCAUAAUACUACCCACACCUUUUUCCAAAUAAAAAAACAGUAAGGCGCUUGCCUGCGGUAGGAUGAAAAACGGCGGUGCUAACAUUGUGCCGGCUCACGGAGUAGGUGUGUCGAUGGAGGAUUCGAGGACAGAGGACUGGACACUGAAUCUUACCGGGUUGGAGUGGGUGGAUUUUUACAAAUGACAUCAAAUUGAGCUGAUAGUCAUAAAAAAUCUCUUUAAUGGGGGGCAACUGGUAAUGGAGUUCUCUUCUAAACCUAAAAAUUUCACAUCUAUCUCAAGCUUGCUUAGGCCUAAUGAUAAAUAACCUUUCAAAUCAUCGCAUAGGAUAAAAAUCAUGUACAAAUCAAUUAUUUAGUAUCUUAAUUACCAUUUCCUUCUCAUAUUUCCUGUCUGAAUUACCUUAAAGUGAUCAAAACUAAGGUUAUGUUACAUCAACAUCUGUUGUUUUUGUGUCAACUGGAAACAACAGUCAAACAAACUUGGCUGUUGAUGUUAAAGACUAACUUCUCCUUGAUAUUAUUUAAGCCUUUGGAAACCUAGCCUGUACACAGACGUUGUUUUAUUUUUCUUUUCGUUCUUUUGGAAAACAUCGGCGUGCGCGAGAGCGACGUGAGCACGCGAGCGCGAACCGCGAGAAAGAAAAAUAAAAACGUCUAUUUCCUUCUUCCCCCACCCCUACCCCUUUGCGCUGGCGGUCAAUAAAUCCCCCGCGGUUUAUUUUUUAUCACGCGCGCUUGACGGAGGAGAAAAUAGAAGUUCUGUGAACAGGCUAUUGGAAACCGAGAUAACUAAACCGUAUUAAGUUAGGAUCAAAUUAUUACGAUUAAACCAACUUGAUUAAUAAGACUGCUGUGGAAGUCUUCUCUAUUUCUUUGUUGAAAAGGGACGUAGAUUAGAUUUCCUUGGCUUGGCUGAUAACUCAAGUUAAUUUGACAUUCAUGCUCUGUAGGCAUAAAUAUAUAAACAACUUUUUUUCGCUUAGUGUCUUCUUUAAAUUUUCAGCAGUGACUUCAAUUGAUACAUUAAAAUCGGCUUUCCCAUAAAAGACUGACUGGAAGAUUCUUCUUACCGUAUUUAUUCGAAUAAGCGCCCAACCUCGAAUUAGCGCCCACCUCGAAUAAGCGCCCAUCCUAAAGGCAGAAAAAGUUUAUAAGCGCCCACCCCGCCUCCUCAAAAUCAAACUCAAAUAAGCGCUUACCCCCACCCCACCCACUUUAGUGAAUAAAUUCUACUAAGAGACUUCCCCGAGGACGGAGUUUUCUUCAGAGUAUUUUACAGAAACCUUGCUUUGUUAAUUCUUCGCAUUUUGUUAUUAGCUUUUUGUUGUUCUGUUGCAAAAUAAACAUACUUCACUUGCUGAAAAUGGUGAAAAUUUAAUAAGCGCCCACCUCGAAUAAGCGCCCACUCUCAAGGUCCAAAAAUUUAAUAAGCGCCCAGGGCGGUUAAUCGAAUAAAUACGGUAUAUAUUUUUUUAUUUAAAUAACGCGUUCGGCUAGUUCCAGUCUUUUGUGGGAAACCUGAUGUAAAGUAUCCAUUCCGGUCUCGACAGCUGAAACAUCUAGGGAAAUUGGCCCAAAUUAUUAUUGCGGCAACUUUUCAUUAUUAUGCGGAUAAACAUCGCGGCCAAGUUUUUCCAGCCAAAAUUUAAUUUUACUUUUAUAAAAUACAUUUCUGCUAAUUUCCUUUUUCGUUUCGAAAUACGAAAAUUUGUCCAUUAUUUUCAUUGGAAGUAAAAGGAUCCCCAACUUAACUUAAAUGAAAUAUUUAUUUACAAAGUCGCUUUAGAUGAAAUCCCUUUGGCCAAAUUUGAAGGCGAAAUCUAUUCGGUACUGAUUGUAAAUAACGGCAUCCAAAUUCAUAAUAGGGGAGACAAAGUUUAGAUACUGAAUUUUAAACUAAACAUUAAGACCAAAACUCAAUCGCGGCGCUUCGGCAUUUUAGGAUAAAUGAUAAUAAACAGUGCUAGAAUAAAAUCUUAUUUCCAGCAGCAAAUUUCAUUUCAUUGAGACCCAAACAUUAAACACUAAACAUUAAAAUAGGGCGAGAGAAAUCCAGCAUCAGUUGCUUCGCAGAGGGAGAUUAUUAUUGACUUGUGCUCUUUGGUGAAGUUUGUGAAAUGAAGGUCAGUCAGACCAGCGCGAUUCUUUGUUCAAUUCUCUGCCUUCGUUUCUGAUGGAGACCCACUGAAGACUGAGUUUCACUCUGUAGCACCCUCUUUUUUUCUUGUCCGAGUCUCUGGGUAUUUUCACAAUAUACUGACUUUGUAGAUACGCUUCUUCACCUAAAACAAAUUAUAUUUUCACUGAGAAUUAUUUUGGCCGGUGUGGUAUUGUGACAUAAAUGAGUGAGACCCUGAGAGCAUGAGGAGCAAACUCUCACUUUCCUUCACGCUGCCCACCCCACUUGGGAACAAACGGCUAAAUUUUCUAAGUGUUCAACUGCUCCCAACUUGAGUGAAGGGAUCAGAUAGAAAAGACCAGGAUUUAAAAGUGUAUAAGCAGAGUAAAGAAAUCCAAAAGGAGCAAAAGAAGGCUAGACAACUUUUUUUUUUUAUUUUUUCUUUAGUGUAAAAACAUGGACAACAGAGACAAGUUUUAUUUCUUCAAUGAAGUAUUGUUACCUUCAGCACCGGUGAUGUUUACUUUAUAA